GGCGCCUCCAUCGAGGAGCAGCUCAUCGAAGCCUGCCGCCGCGACAACGUCGAGCUCCUGACCGAGCUCCUCGAAGACAAGUCCGACUCCGAAAUCACCAGGCUCCUCAACGAGACCACGACCGUCAUGGGCAACCACCUCUACCACGAGGCCGCCUCCCGCGGUAACUACGAAAUCAUCGACCACCUCCUCGACCAGCCAGACUUCGAAUGCGACCCCAUCAACCGCCUCGAAGGCGACACCCCCCUCCACUCCGCCGUCCGCUGGCUCAACGCCGAACCCCCCGCCCAGAUCCCCUUUGGCCUCCAGCUCAUCGACAUGAUGCUCGAGGCCGGCUCCAACCCACGCAUCAAGAACAAGGGCGGCCUCACCGCCCUCCAGCUCGUCGACCCCCGCAACACCCAGCUGCGCGACCUCAUCCGCCGCCACGAGUACGCCAGCCAAAACGCCGGCGACUUCAUCAACGUCACUACCACAAGCGAUGAUGACGACGACGACGCGGAAUUCAGCGGCAGCGAUGAGGAGGAGAGGGCAGAGUGGGAGCGCAGGAGAAAGACCAAGAAGAGCCAGCGGUAA